UAUCCUUUUAAUUACAGUACAUUUUUUGUUGUUCCCUUUCGUGAAUAAUUUGUUUAAAUGCCUUAACAGCUUUGGGAACGAGUUCGAAAGAUACUGUAACGCCUACAGUAAUAUCUUCUACGACUGGAGAGACGACAACUACAUCAAAGGAGAAUUUAUGUGAAUUGAAAUGCUUAAAUGGAGGGACAUGUAGCAUUGAAGGCGGAACUCCACGAUGCAUCUGUCCUGCCGGAUAUACAGGAGAAAAUUGCCAUGCAGAAAUUUGUCCUAGUGAAAAGUGCAAGAAUAGAGGAAAUUGUACUAAAGAAAACGGCAGAGAGAAAUGUGCUUGUGAUAAACCAUACGAAGGACAGUCUUGCGAAAUAGACCCAUGUCAAUCUAAAAGCCCAUGCCAAAAUGGAGGAACUUGCUAUAUUAGAGAUGGAGAAAUGAAAUGCAAUUGCAGAACAGAUUAUGGAGGAAAAAACUGUGAAAUUAAAAUAGACCAAUGUGCUCUGAUGCUUGUCAAAGGAGAAUGCGAUAAAAUUCACGAAACCUGUGCCAAUGGAAAAUGCGAAUGUGAAAAACACUAUGCUUAUUCAAAAAAUGAUGAAUCUUGCAUUCCGAACUUUUGUGAUAAGUCAAAUGGAAAGCUACAAUGUCACAAAACGCUGUUUGCAAGGAAAUCGACAACAGAUAUGAGUGUGAAUGCGAGAAAGGCUACUAUCCAAAUAAAGAUAAAUGUGUAAAACUUAACUUAUGUUCUCCUGGUGCCUCGAAGUGCACGCAGCUGUGCAAUUUUAAUACCGGAAAGUGUACUUGCGUGGGUGGAUUUAAGCUCGACCGCGACGGAUACACAUGUAAUGCUGACGAAAACUUGCCAUCCUGCAGCAAAAAAUGUGGUGCUGGAACAUGCAUAAAGAAAGGUAGUGCAGAAGAAUGUAUUUGUCCAAAUGUCACCCACGUUCACACAAAGCAAAGGCUGUGAAGAUUACUGCACAAACAAAGGUCAACCUCCGGAAGGAAUGUGUCCUGAAAACAAGUGCGAAAGUUAUGAUCGUGGAUUCCGAUGUAAAUGUACAGAACCUUAUGAGCAGGAUGAAGACGAAAUCCACUGCAGGAGAAAGGCUAUGUGUAGAGAUGGCGGUGGAAAUGAAAUAUGUUCUGAAAAGAAUGCAACGUGUGAAGAAUUACUUUCAGAUACCAAAUUAGGUUACAAAUGCGAAUGCAAACAGGGCUAUGAAAGAGUUGGAAAUAAUGCCUGCAUAAGCAAAUGCGAUAGAAAAAACUGCAAAGAAAAGAAUGCCGAGUGUGAAUUCUAUGGUGAUAAUUACGAAGCAGUUUGUAAGUGCCCCCUGAUGAUGACAUUUGUUAAUGACAAAUGCAGUAAACUAGCUGAGCAUUCGUAUGUUGGUCAACUUGCAAUUCUGAAGAGAAAUUAUAGAGUAUACUCAGUAUCCGAAAGGUCUAAAAGAUCCACUGAUGAUAUCAAUGAUUCAAAACUGCGAUCAGAUAUUGAUGAAUCGUUGAAGAAUGUUUAUGCCGACUACAAAUACUCAAAACUUCUAAACUGCACAGAGGAAGGAGAAAUACUGAAUUGCAAUUUAGAAUUGCAGUUUAAGGAGAAAGUGGGAAAAGAAGAAUUAAGGAAGAUUGCUGAUCCUUCGGUAUGUAUCCCACUGACGGGCACAGAUUACUGUUGGAUCAAGCCAAAGCUCAUAUUGAAAAGGAUACACGAAAAAGAAGUUUUCCACGCAACCGAUCCUUGUACUCCGCUUGUAAGAAGCACUGUUUGUGGGCUAAUGACAACAUGCAAGCAAGAGAAAAGUACGAAUGCUUUCACUUGCACAUGCAAGAAAGGAUUCCAGAGUAUUAAUACAUUUAAGCCAACUAUUUCAGCUAAUUCUUUAGUUCACGUAUGUGAAGAUAUAAAUGAAUGUCUGGACGAAAAUAUUUGUCCAAACACCACUAAUUGUAAAAACACGUUUGGCGACUACGAGUGCUUUUGUAAAAUUGGUCACUAUAAAGAAAGCGAAGGUGAUACUAAAAAGGACGGUUGCUUAGCUGUUUGUGACCCCAGUCCUUGUGUGCAUGGAAAAUGUGAAAAAGUUGGGGACCAUGGAUUUGCUUGCAGCUGCGAUGGACAUUACACAGGUGUCUAUUGUAACGUAACAAAUGAUGUAGUCGUCAAAGCCAAAAAGGAUGGUACAACUAAUGCGGCUAUUGUUGGAGGCGUGCUUGGAGCCAUCCUUGCUGUUAUUCUUAUUGGUGGAUACCUUUUCAUCCGAAAAUUAAAAAAGUCAAAAGGAGACGAGCACGAAUACAUGCAGCCUCGAAAAAGGGGUGCUCUUUCAGAAAUGCGAUUGGGCAAACGUCAGACAGAAAGAGAUGACGACAUAGAACUUCGACAGAGUGGUAGACGACCCGUUAGACCCUUGCCAGAGAGACAAGACAGACGAGACAGCGGUGAGUUUCGGAGAGGUUUUGGUGGCAGUACCAGCAUGAUGUCAAGAGAUCAGAAUUCACGUGAUGAAUACGAAGAAGAAGAACGUGUACGUCGACCUUUGCCUGAAAGAAGGGAUAAUACUGACUUGGGCAAAAACAGAAUGAUCCCAAGACCACGAGUAACUCGUUCAGAAGAUCAGUAUGACGAAAUUCAUCAGACGAGGGAGGAACGACCUCGUCGUCAUUUCACCAAAUCUUCCGAAUCAUUACCUCAGGAUGACAAAAAAGUCACAUCCCUCCAUUAUAAAAAUAAGGCGUAUGAGGACGAUUAGUUUUCCUGAAACGUUUGAUAAUUUUUGAUUUAUCAUAAACUUUCGAAAUAAAGUGCUCACUGUGAAAUUUAAGCCGAAGAUGAAUAUCAGGGAAAAGUCAUUCUUUUCUUAAAGACAUUAUUGCGAAUUCAGAUUAUUUUUCUUGUGGACUAAACGAACUAAAAAGGUUGAGGUGGUAAUGCAGUUAAAAAAAAAGGAAUUUUCAGAAAUCUGUAUGUAAUAUUAGGCUUAUUUUGAGUAAAUAAUCACAUAUUCAUUUCCUCGAAGGUUCAUGUGGACUUAUACCAUUCCAUUGGUUUAAUGUAUUUAUAGCAAGUUAUUUAAAUUUUGAGAUAAUAAAGGAAUUAUAAUUGUUUA